UUUAAAUUAUGGAUACAGAUUGUGAAGAGCCACAAUCGUCACAGGCAGUCACCGUACCUACCGAACUUUUGCGUGAAAAAGUUAGGAUAUUUUCACAACGGCACCGGGAGCUGCAACGUGCCAAGUCCAACGAUGCCUUGCGAUUUGGUUUGGGCGAGAUAACCAAAAAAGUGGAGGAGCUAGACAAUCUUACGGAAAAGGAUGUAAACGGUUUGAUAACGCGAAUAAAACGGCGCAAACAUGCAUCGGUAGAGGAUAUGUAUCGCUUGAAUCAUGCAUUCCUACAAAGUAUGGACCAUAUCAAGCUGUUCGCCAAGGCGCCCGGAGCACUGCACGUCAUUGUUAAAGAGCUGACUGGUAUCGACUCCGAACGUCAAAUUGGCGCAGUGGAAUGUCUUUGCAAUCUAUCACUUGGCGAAGCGCCAGUUUGUGACAAAAUCGGAAAUAUGGCUGGUAGUUAUCUAGUUACUUAUCUCGAUAGCAUUGAUGAACGUUUAAAGCGUACAUCACUUUGGACAAUUGCUAACAUAAUCUCCACAAGCCAGAAAGCCUCGGAAACCUUGGUGCAGAUGGAAAUAGUGCCCAAGUUAUGGCGUCUAUAUGUGGAUGACAGCGGCGAUAAGGAUCCUACAGCUGAUUUCAGAGAAGACGCAGCUAUUUGUUUGCAGUUGCUUGUUGUGUACAAUCAGCGCGUAUUGAGAGCUGAAGAUCUGCUCUUCAUAAACGAACACAUGUGUAAAAAAAAACGUAGCAGCGGUGCAGGCGAAUAUCAUUUGCAGAUAUUAUUUCAUACCGAAUGGAAUGGAAUGGAAUUAAGUAUGGAACACACCAACUAUUUAAUCGAAUUCAUUUUGAGUAAUUUGUGUAACACAGAAGAUUUUUUAAACAUCAGCAAUCGUCUAAGAAUUCUUUAUGGUAUUCGCUUUUUAGCGAAUAUAUUAGCAUGUCAGCCACAUGCGCUCGGUGUGUUGAUGCAACAAAUUAGAGUUGUCUGGAAUACGAGCUUAGAAAAUAUUUUAAAUAAAAUUUUUGAAUUUGGGGAAAAGGAGCUGACUGUAGAAACGAUAUAUCUAUUGAGACACUUGGUGCCACAACAAGAAGAGGUUGGACAGCAAUUGCCUUGCAAAUUAGAAAAUCUUCGAAUUCCUAAAUUUGAUGGCUACGAAAAACUACUACUUGAUUGUUAGGGGCGUGUGAAUUUAAAAUAGAAGUUUAAAUAUCUUUUU